AUGACAAGUACGGGGUUUCUACCAAAGACCUCAGAGCUGAAACUUCGAGACAGAAGUAAGAAUUUUGAUGACAACUUGGCCAAUGAAGUAGCAGAAGAGUCUGAACUUGACUUGAACGAAAAAGAAUCACAAGUGCAUCACUCUUGGAAGAAGGGCUGCUCAAUUGUGGAGUAUUUUGCACUACUAAUUAUAACACUGUUGGCCUUUUAUGUGAGGUUUUCGAAGAUCGACGCAAAUGGCUCUGUGGUGUGGGACGAAGCGCAUUUCGGGAAGUUUGGUUCCUACUAUAUCAAGAACGAAUUUUACCACGACGUACACCCACCUUUGGGUAAAAUGCUAAUUGCGCUUAGUGAAUAUUUGACUGGUUUUGACGGAGACUUCACGUUUGACUCAGCAGCAGAAUAUCCUGAGGGUUUGAACUACAAAUUUAUGCGUCAAUUCAAUGCCUCGUUCGGAGCUUUAUGUGCACCAAUCAUGAUUUUAUCCGCACGCAACAUGGGAUUCAGUUUAAUUUGCUCGAAUUUGCUCGGCCUUAUGGUGGCUCUGGAACUAUCCUACAUUGUACUGUCCAAAUUUAUUCUUUUGGACUCCAUCCUACUGUUCUUCACGGCCACGACCUACUACUGUAUCACCAAACUUUACACAUUGCGCAAUAAACAAUUUACGAGAAAAUGGUCACUAUGGAUGCUCCUCUUGGGCUUGAACGUUGGAUGUGUUUGCUCCGUGAAAUGGGUGGGACUUUUCGUCACGCUUGUAGCUGGUGUUUACACUAUCAUAGACCUGUUUGCUAGCCACCACAACAAAAAUCUGGGAAGAGUUAAAUACUUCAAGCAUUGGGUGAUUCGUGUCAUUAAUCUGAUCAUAAUCCCGUUCAUGGUUUACCUCUUUUGCUUCAAAAUUCAUUUUACCAUCUUGCACAAGUCAGGCACCGGCGACGCAUCUACAAACACUUUAUUCCAAGUAAACCUAGACGGGAACAAGAUAAAAUUGGGACCCCGGAAUGUGGCAUUUGGAUCGAAAGUUAGCAUUAGAUCGCAUGGUCUCAGCCCCAAUCUCCUUCACUCACACGUUCAAUUGUAUCCUUCAGGUUCGGGACAGCAUCAGGUUACAGGCUAUGGUCAUUCCGAUACUAACAACCACUGGGUGAUAAACUUCUCUAGAGAGUCUGGACAGGAAGUCGAUGAAAACGGCCUAUUCGAGGGUGGAUCGUUAAAUGUUGGUCACAACUCUGAAAUACGUUUGGUUCACAAGAAUACGAAAGCCAACCUGCAUUCUCACGACGUCCCGGCCCACGUCUCUAGAAACUGCUUUGAGGUUUCAGGUUACGGGGAUGAGAUAAUUGGCGACACAAAGGACGACUGGGUGGUGGAGAUUGUGGAGCAGCUUGAUUCUUCCAAUGCUUCAUUUCCCAAGGAAGACUCAACUUUGUUGCACCCUAUCUCCACGAGCUUCCGAUUGAGACACAAGGAGUUAGGAUGCUACCUUGCAUCUACAGGGUUAGCAUAUCCUGCCUGGGGCUUCAAACAGGCUGAGAUUGUCUGCAAAAACUCAUGGACUAGCCGCGACAAAUCCACAUGGUGGAACAUUGAGGAUCAUUGGAACACCAACCAAAACGAGGCAGAGGGAUACGUUCCUCCCAAGUCGAAAUUUUGGGCUGACUUCGUCCUGAUCAACUUUGCAAUGGCUUCUUCAAAUAACGCUUUGGUACCUGACGAAGACAAACAUGAUCACCUGGCUACGAAGGCGUGGGAAUGGCCAACUCUUCAUACCGGCCUUAGAAUGUGCGAAUGGAAUGCUAAGAUUGUAAGAUACUAUCUACUGGGCUCUCCUUUCCAAACCUGGCUUUCCACUGCUGCGCUGGCGUUAUUCGCAGGUUACAUCGCACAGCUCAUUGUGAGGUGGAAAAGGCAGUCCGCUAACAUAACAAACAGUGAUCUUUGCGAGAUAGGAAUGCAGGGCGUGCUACCUUUCUUGGCUUGGCUAUUUCAUUACUUACCUUUUGUCCUCAUGGAAAGAGUCACCUACGUCCACCAUUAUGUUCCAGCCUUGUAUUUUGCCAUAAUGAUACUUGGUUUCAUGUUAGAGAGAUGCGUUCCAAAGAGUAGCUACGUUAAAGUUCCUCUGUAUGGAGGCUUGUAUGUCGGCUGCAUCUAUAUCUACAUUCUCUUUUCGCCAAUCGCACAAGGAAUGGAGAAACCUAUGGGGGAAUACAAACAUCUGGAGUGGCUAAGUUCCUGGGACAUUUCAUAA